GGAGACAGCCACGCAGAGAGGAAGAGCAGAAGGAAGAAUAAAGGGGACCUGAGGCAUCCAGAAAGGAACAGACCACCAUGGCGUCUGGCAGCACCGCCAGUGAGGAGGAGCGAAGCCUCCGGGAAUGUGAGCUCUAUGUCCAGAAGCACAACAUUCAGGCGCUGCUCAAGGAUUCUAUCGUGCAGUUGUGCACUGCCCGGCCUGAGAGACCCAUGGCAUUCCUCAGGGAAUACUUUGAGAGGCUGGAGAAGGAGGAGGCAAAACAGAUCCAGAAUCUGCAGAAAGCGAGCAGCCGUGCGGACUCGAGGGAGGAUGAAAUCUCUCCUCCUCCCCCCAACCCCGUGGUAAAGGGCCGCAGGCGACGAGGUGCUAUCAGCGCUGAGGUCUACACGGAGGAAGAUGCUGCGUCAUACGUCAGAAAGGUUAUACCAAAAGAUUAUAAGACAAUGGCUGCUUUAGCUAAAGCCAUUGAAAAGAAUGUGCUGUUUUCACAUCUUGAUGAUAACGAGAGAAGUGAUAUUUUUGAUGCCAUGUUUCCGGUUUCCUUUAUUGCUGGAGAGACUGUUAUUCAGCAAGGUGAUGAAGGGGAUAACUUCUAUGUGAUUGAUCAAGGAGAGAUGGAUGUCUAUGUCAACAAUGAAUGGGCAACCAGUGUUGGGGAAGGAGGGAGCUUUGGGGAACUUGCUUUGAUUUAUGGAACACCUAGAGCAGCCACUGUCAAGGCAAAGACAAAUGUGAAAUUGUGGGGUAUCGACCGAGACAGCUAUAGAAGAAUCCUUAUGGGAAGCACGCUGAGAAAGCGGAAGAUGUAUGAGGAGUUCCUUAGUAAAGUGUCUAUUUUAGAAUCUCUGGACAAGUGGGAACGUCUCACAGUAGCUGAUGCAUUGGAACCGGUCCAGUUUGAAGAUGGGCAGAAGAUUGUGGUGCAGGGAGAACCAGGGGAUGAGUUCUUCAUUAUUUUAGAGGGCUCAGCGGCUGUGCUGCAGCGUCGUUCAGAAAAUGAAGAAUUUGUUGAAGUGGGAAGAUUGGGGCCUUCUGAUUAUUUUGGUGAAAUCGCACUGCUGAUGAAUCGUCCCCGUGCGGCCACCGUGGUGGCUCGUGGCCCCUUGAAGUGCGUUAAGCUGGACCGACCUAGAUUUGAACGUGUUCUUGGCCCGUGCUCAGAUAUCCUCAAACGAAACAUCCAGCAGUACAACAGUUUUGUGUCACUGUCUGUCUGAAAUCUGCCUCCUGUGCCUCCCUCCUCGCCUCCCCCCAGUCCACGCUUCACUCGUGCAGACUGCUUUCUGUUCCCUCUGCAGCGCCACGUGGCCGCUGGCAUCGCAGCUUCUUGUCGGUUUCUAUUAAAAGUUGCUUUUAUUGCACUGUUUUUAUUUCGGAGCACUAACCAAAUGCUCGUACACAGUUAAAUAAAUAGAAAGAGUUCUCUGGAGACUUUGCUGUUACUGCUUCUCUUUGUGCAGUGUUAGUGUUCCACAUGGCAGCGCGUGCCAUGCUUCCUGGUGAGGGCAGAUCCCUGCACCAAAUGAAUUACCAUAGUCAUGAUGUAACAGUGCAAGAUUUUUUUUUAAAGUGACGUAAUUUUCCUGUUAUCGUAGGCAUAUUUUAGAUUGUGGCCAUAUAUGCUGUAUUUCUUAUAGAAUAAAUGAUUUCUCAUUAAGCUCUGAGGAUUAGGAAAAACAGAAGUAGAAGAAUCUUAGUACAGUAGAAAGGCACCUGCCUGUAUUUAAACUAGUUUUAAGGGUGGAGAAAUGCCCAUUUUUGCUAGUGAUCAGAUUCAUCUGAUCUGUUCAGUUUUUUUUUUCUUUUUAACAAUUUUGAUUUGUCAAGCUAAUUUACCUGGUUUUGUUUAUAUCUUGUUAUUAAUGUUUCCUCUCCACUUCUCUGACUAUACCUGCCUUUUGAGUUUGAAACCAAAUCAUAGGCUGCAAAUAUUGGGUUAUGAUUUAAUUAUGUCUGCCUCAGCUCACAAAUUCUGAUCAGACCUUUAUUUAUCCACCUAGUGCCAAAUACUGACCAUCAGAUGCUGAAUGGAGGAUAAGAAUUUGAGGUCUGCACUCUUGGUUGUUAACUUAGAGAUUUUGGUUAAUGUAUAUCCUUCAGUUGAUUCCAGGAUAAUAAUCUCUUGUGCUCCUUAAACACUGAUCCCAGGAGGUUGGACUUGCUGGGAAGAGACAGACUAGAUGGAACAAAUGUUGUAGCAGGAAAACGGAGGUGGUUCUGCUAGGGGGAGACAUGCCAGGUGGCCAGCGUUCCACGCUGGGAACUUUGCCCCAUCACAUUCACUGGGGCAUGAGAUUUGGAAAGAGGCGUUUUACUUUGGCUUAACUUCCCUCCUUUUUACAUCAACUAGAAUUGAUGGUGGUUUAGAGGUGGGGUAGGAUGUGUCUGUUUCAAAUUGGUCUAAAAGGCAAUCCUGCUGAGAAGUUCUGCUUUUCAUUUUAUUUCUCUACCAAACUUUUUUGUGUAAACUUGUGUUUUGAGUCUUAACUGUAUUUCAGUAUUUUCCAGCCUUAUCAAUCUUAACGUGUUGUUACAUUAUUCCAUGUGCACCAAUAAACCGAACUGUUUAUUUUUAUUAUUGUCAUUUUUUAAACAAAAUUUCACAGUUCCGUAAUGUAGGCACUUGCAUUUACAUUGUGAUUUAUAUAGGUAGGGUUAUACUGGGAGUGACUGCAAGCAUUUUCCAUCUGUGCAACUAGCUGUGAUUAUUAAUCCCCUCUCCUUCCCCAUCUCCUGGUAAUUUAAAUUGACCAUGGUAGAUUUUUUUUUUCAUAGAUUUGAAUGGUUUUUAGGUUGUUAUUAAGUUAGGAGUAUAAAUCUGGGAAAGAGGUUUUAUUUACAUUCUAGUGUGGGAUAGAAAGCCACCUUACUACAAAUUUUUUAUUUUUCAAUAUAUUAAGUGAGGAUUUUCUGAUCUGUUUCGUGUUUAGCCACUUUUUUAUAUUUAAAAUAUAAAAAAUAGAAAUUAAUGUGCUUAUUAGCUUAAAGCUUGAUUUGAUCUUUGUUAAAAUGCCAAAAUUGUACUUAACUCAACUUAGAAUACCAUCAAUUUGUACAAUUUCAUGUAUGUAUAUAACCAUGUUCAUGUAUAGAUACAUACGAUGCUUCUACAUGUGCUUUGCUCUUAAAUCAUUGGCUUGCUGUUUACUCCCUUUUGUAGUUUUUAAUCUAUGAAAAUUUAAGUCAGAAUUUAAAAAUGAUCACAUUUAAAGCUUUAUCUUUGUGCAAUCUGAGUGUAUGCGGCAAAUCACCACUGGCAUGAUGUGUCUCAGUUGACAUUCAGGGCUUUUGCAGCCAUUUCUGGGCUCGGUGAGUGAAUUUAUGAGAUCCUGCUGUAGGGAGCAUAGGUGGCCAAAGGACCGUUUUGUACUGUUUCCUGGUUACUAGUCGGAUUAUACUGCGUGUGCUAAUACACUCUUCUUUUUGUUGUAGAUUGUCUUAACCGUAGGUCAAGUAAUAAAAAAA